CUUUGUAAUCGAGAUUCGAGAAUUGUGUUUGCUGUUUAGGUUAGAUUGGUCAGCGCCGACAACUUAAUGUUUGCUCAGGUUGGUGUUACCGAGCGUUGAACCUUCUUAUCUAUUAUCAUUAAAAUAUUUAAAUGAAAUGCAACAACAAUUUUAAAUUUUAUAAAAUAUGUAAAUACUGGAUAUGUUCAAUUUGUUUCUCUUUAUUUCAUUGUUUAUUAGUGAAGGUAUUGAAUUAAUUUGGAUUUAAAUCGAACUCGAAUCAAACAGUUUUCUUAAUAAGUGUUGCAGACAUACUUGUUCAACCACUGUCCACUUCGUGGCAACUCUGCCAUUUCAACCCAAUCGGGUAAGUUCAAAAUAAAUUCUUUUCAUAUAAGUUUUAGUCUAUUAAAUUAUUAAAAUAUAUUUCACGCGACAAAACGAAUUUGCCGGUGUUGUCUAUUUCGAUUAUUGAAACUGUAAAUGCAACCAAUAAUAUUGAUUCCUAUAUUAUUAAUACGUUGAAAAAUUAACGGGUGUUAUUGUAUUUCAUAGAGUAACAUUAUUCUAUGUUUUAUUCACAGAUAUUUGAGUGUUUGCCAUACCUAAGUACCACAGAAAUUAGAAAAAUAAUUCACACAUUUGUCACAAUUUAAUUUUUAUAUCGUGUUAUUGAUAUUUGUCUUUUUUUAUAUCUUUAUUGAUUUUUAAGGAAAAAAAUUGUUAUUACUAUUACAGUCCAGGUAGAUACAAACAAUAUGAGUGUUUGGUACCUUAGAAAUUUAAAAAUGUUUUCAUUCAGUAUCUAAUAGAUUAACAAUUUGAUUCCAUUGUAUCCAAACAAUUACUUUUGAUUAAUUCAAAUUCAAGGGACUAUAAUAUUUCGCUUGAUAACUGUGUAUAAUUUACAUGUAAAGAACUAAUGAAAAUAUAUUUAAUGUGUAUUAUUCACUAAUAUUUUGUUAAAUAAAUAUUGUUAAGAAUAUAAUCUUAUUUCUUCAGCAAUACAAACAGUACUAUAUGGUUCCAAAAUCCAAUGUACAAUUUAUAAUGUAACUAUUUUGUUCAAAAAUAUUGACAUAUUUUAUCCGUUAAUGAGUGAUAAAUUACAUGAUAUUAUUAUUUUUUGUUUUACUAAUGAUAAUCAUGAAGAACAAUGCAAUAAUUAUUUAUAUUCAAUAAAAUGUAAAGUUUUCAGUGUAUGCAGUUUAAUUUAAUGUAACAUAAAUUUCCAGUUUUUCUAGUACAAUUAAAGUAAUUUUUUUUUACUUUUAAAAAUAGUAUAAGUACAAUAUAUUUCAAAAAUGAGUGUUUCUAAUAUUGAUUGUAGUGGAUAUAAGUUGACUCUUAAAUCGUGUUACCGAUUAAUGAACUCGUUACGUUCCAGACCGGAAUAUGUGGUCGAAAAUAACCUUUGUGAUGCGCCAUUUAUCCAUUACAUUGAUUGUUUAAAGGUAAUUUUUAUUUAUAAUAUUUUUAUUAUAUUAUAGGUAUGAUUCAAUUCCUAUGGAUGAAUGUAAUUCUUUCAAAAAAGAGUAUGAAAAGUGUUUUAAUAUUUGGUUCAGGGACAAAUUUCUUAAAGGAAUUGAUGACGACUCUAUGUGUUCAAAACUCUUGAAAAAUUAUACGAAUUGUGUUAAGGUGGUAUAUAAAAUAUAUAUUUUUAGCGUGUAUUAUUGACAAUAAUAUAGUGUUUAUCCGUGGGGGCCUUAACAAAGUGAACUAGUUUGAAAUAAUUAUAUGGUAAAGGUAGGUAAUGAUUUUAUGUAGGUAACAUUUUUAUUAAAAUAUAAAACUUAUACAGACCUACAUAUAAAAAAAAAAUAAUAUCAAUAAUAAUAAAACAAUAGAUUUUUUUCAAAAUAUAUUUAUAACUGGAACAUACAAUCUGUACCUUUUUGGCACAAUAAGAAUAUAAUUGAUGAAUGAGUGUACAGCAGGUAAUUGUAUGGAAGAAAACCAUCCAGUGGUGAAAUUACCUUUUUUGUUAUUUAUACCAAAAAAUAUUAAGAUUAUAUCUAAAAUCUUUACCAAUUAUCAUUGCAACCUCCUCAUAAUAUCUUAUAACAUAGCUACACCCUCAGAAAUGGCUCAAUAGAAAUCGGUGCCAUGAUUUUCUAAAAUAGUAAUUAAAACAUCAAUAAAUUAAAUAAAAUUAAUAUUAAGGUAAACAAUGUUUAAUGCUUUUUAUUCCCUAAAAUAAUGUAUAACACUCAUUUUUAUAAUAAAAGUAAUAAUAUUUUAAAUUAACAUCAAAAUAUAAACUAAUGCUAAAAAUGUAAACUUAAAUAUUAUAUUUUAUUUCUUAAAGGGGCUCAUGAUCUAGAAUAGAUUAAGAAGUCCCUGGUUUACAAUAUUUAGGAUUAUCAUCAAUAAUAUCCAAUAUUAAAAACAAAAAUAAUGAAGCGAGUAAUCAAGUUUCCAUAAUUUGUUUGUCUUUUAUCACUAUUUUCUAACUUAACUUAUCAAUACGAUUUAAAUUUAAACCAAAUCUAAUUGCUCAUUCAGUUUUUGUCAAAAGCAAAUCAUGUUUAAUUAAAAAUUUAAAAUAGUUAUUACAUUAUGAUUUCUUACAAUUAAUUUUUUUUUUUUUUUUUUAGAAAGCAAUGGAAGGUAAAGACAUAGAUAUCGAAGAACUGAGGUCAUAUCAUUCUGAAAAAAUUGGAUCCAAAGAUGAACCACUUACAAAAUAGAUAAUUUUUAGCUUUGCAUUUUGCGUUUAUUUUGUGUGGUAAUACAGCAAUGUGUUUGUUUUAUAGAAAGUUAUUUUUGUUUUUAAUUUAGAGAACAUGAUACCCACAUGUGCUGUUUUUGUCGAACUAUUAGAUAAAAAAUAGUUCGACAAAAUAUAUAAAUAAUAAAUAACCAAAUUAUUUUGAUACAUCAAAAUUAUAUUACUUAGAACAUAAAUUUAGGUGUUCAUGUUUAAAAAAAGAGUUUCAACACAAGUAAAAAACUUUCAAUUGCUCUAUGUAUGUUUUUUUUUUAAUUUGCCAUCCAUAAUUACAGCUAAUUAAAAAUAAAUAAAUACUAAUAAGUCUAUAACUUUUGUAUGGAUAUUUUUUAGGAAAAAGAUAGAUAUGUAUAGUCCUCGGGCAUAUUCUUUAUGAUGUUUGGUUUCUUGUGUUCAAACUAAAAUUCACAAAUUAUAUUCUAAGUAACAUAAUUUUGUUAUGCAGCUUGUUAGUUUGGCGGAGACAGCACAUGACGGUAUCACAUGAUCUAAGUUAUUAUUUGAUUAUUGUUUUAUUUGUAUAAUAAACUAAAAUGUAUAAUACGUGUUGACAUUUCGUUUUUUUAUAUUUGUUAUAUGUAUUGGACUGUUUUGUUCUAUUAUCAUUGAGUAAUUGUCCGGCAAGAUUUCUUCUGUAAAUUCCAAGUAGAAUCUUUCUAAAAACAUAAGUUGAUUAAAGUAGAUACAUAAUUAAUAUGAUACGAGAUAAUUUGAAAUUUAUAAUUUAUAUAAAAAUAAAAAUCAGUAUAAUGCUUACCAAGUGUCUCGAGAAAUUUCUGAUGGGUUUCAGGAUUUCUUACAGUAGAAAACAGUAUUAUUUCAGUUGUAUUGUUCGCAGCAAAAUAUUUUAAAGAUGUACAUAAUGAUUCAAACAUUGUACGGUCAUAGAUCACGUCUAAAAUAUUUUGUGAAAAUUUGUUUAAAAAAAAAAUAAGGUUUUGUAAUUUACAUUUCAUUACCGGCAGCUAGAAUUAAAUCUGGUUUUUCCUCGUCGAACCGUUCGCUUCUUUGAACAUUUUCCCAGGGGAGUUUAAUUACUUCGUACGGGCAAUUGAACGUGUGCACCAUAUCGUUUAUAUCAAUAUUAUUUUUAAUAACAUCCAAAACUCCUGCAUGGCAGUCGGUGAACCAGUAUUUACGCGGUUUGCAAUUCACACACGCACUUAUUCCACUCAAACCUGUACCUGAACCCAACUCGACAAUAAAUUUUCCUUGGAGUUUCUCUUUAUUUCUAAGAGCCCAAACACCCAAUGCUACACCAGCCUA